AUGGUAUUGAAAGAAGCCAAAUCCCGUAUGCGCAAAUCAAAGAAACUAUGUGAUGGCUCCGGUUCUGAACAUGGUGAUGAGUCGACGUGGAGUACGGUUUCAACGGAAUCGUAUGUUGACUAUAUUGGGGAACCAAUAAAUCUUCCUUGUGCUAUGAUAAUGACCGAUGCCAAUGAGCAGAAGACUGAGGAGCAAGGAAAUGCAGUGGAAACAAAGAAAGGCAUCACCCGUAAUGCUCGUAACUUUAUAAAUAGAAAUCAACGCUUUAUAAUAAGUAAUAAGUGUGGAAAACCUUACAUUGUAGAUACUUCUAAUGACUUAUCAGAUCUCGUCAAUAAUAAGGAUAUUAUGGAACAGUUACCUGAGGAUAAAACUGAAAUAUCUGAAAUCGUAUCAGAAAUCGCUUCCGUUUCCGAGGACGAAAAGGACAUACUGGAACUCGAAAACAGUAAAAUAGUUACUAAUUUUGACCAACUUGGUGGUGAUUUCGUUUCCGCGGGAUCUUUCAGAGAAGUGAAAAAUCUGGAAGAAAAGGAACAACACCCCUCUGUGUGUGCAACAAACAAUAAAAUUUCAACAGAAACUCAGGUGAAUGAAAGGAAGACCGGUGAACCGCAACGCAUUACCUUCGCCGAUAGUCAGUUGAAAUCUUGUUGUGGCAUGAUAUUGAUUGUUACGAUUAUUGGUAAUUGGGAGGGUGGUGUUUAA